AGCAAAGGCUCGUGGGGAUUGUAGUCUGUAUUCGAGUCAAUUUUUUUACAGCUGGCCCAUCCUUUUCUCAUUAUUUCCUUUUUCUCUCUUUCUCUCUUUCUUUAAUUCCUCAUUGUUUGAAUUAAAAUCUCUAUAAUACCCAGUUGAUUUGGGUAUAUUUCAUAAUUGGGAAUAUUUCCCUGGCGACCACCUUAUAUAUUUGAUUUUAAAACAAGACACUGUCUUGAAACCAUAUUUUCAGCGGUCACAAUUUACUCAUCCACUCUUCUCUCUACAACAAUUUAUGUCUUCCACUAUUUUAAUCAUUACAGUUUAUGGCUGACCACGAGGUUGGUGAGAAAACCCUCAAAAAGUUUCUGUGAAAUCUUUUUCCUUUCUCUCUUUGCUUUAUUACUUUCCCUAUCGGUCAGUUUUGUUUUCUUUUUUAACUUGGCUUCAAAAAUACAGCUGCAAGAACGGGUGAGUACAAAAUCUUUUUGAUUCUCCUUAAAUUAAGCUGUUGUAGAUCUUAGCAACAGGACCCUAAGGUCCUGGCUAGCAACUGCCUAAAUUAGGACUAGAAAAACCUGGGGAAGCUUUUGACCUUGUCCUGCUUCCCACGUGUUUACUUUAGAAAUAUGUGGUUACAGCCAGUUCACAACAUACUUAACACCUGGCUAUUCACCUCCAUGACCAAGCUUGUAAAAUUCGCAUUCUUUGUCUCUCUGAAAUUUCUCAUACCAUGGGACUUAUGGCAAAGUAUAAUCGACACAGUACUCCCCCUUGGGAUUUUGAUUGUUAAAGCCGUAAUAGUGUGUUUCCUUAAAAAAAACCCACUUCUCAGUCAAACCAACCGAAUGUUCCUUCUACUACUCAACAAAAUGCAGAACUAAAUACUCGGCUUGAGCUUAUAGAGGAAAGUCAGGGAGAGAUUGUAGCUUUCAUAAGAAACAUUAAAAGAGAGUUAAGAACAUUAUCAGAAUAAUCUCUGUCCCAACUUGCUGUGGACAUUAACCCUCCUAGCCAACCCACUGCUCCUCCUGCUAACUCUACCUUAGAACCCUCUGCUCUUGACCAACCCACCCCACCCCCUGCCCCAAUGGCCUCAGAAAACCCUACUUCUAACCAAUUCACUCCUCCCACUGCUCAUGCUUCUGACCUCACACCCUCAAGUCUAAGUACACACCCCACCCAUGCUUCCGACCCUACACAAUCCACUCUAAGUUCACACCCUACCCAUACUUCUGGUCCUAAUGCCUCCACUUCACACCUUACUGAUUCCUCCAAUCCUAAUACCUCUGUAUCCUUUCACACUUCUCCUUUGGCUCCUCCUUCCCACCCUGCUCAAUUCAAUUCUCAGAUCCUUCCUACCUCUGAUGUUUCUGGCACUAUGGGACAACAACAAACCCUCUCCCUUAGUGUGCCCGAAUCUUCUAUUUCUCCUGCUUAUCCCACUGAGAAUGGAGCGAGAAGCCUAGAAACAGAAGUACCAAAUAAUUCACAUGGGUUAUUUCCUUUAAGGGAAGUACCCACUUUUAAUAAGAAUGGAAACUUGGUAUCUGUAAGACAUCAUGCACCUUUUAGCCCUGAGGACUUAAAUAAAUUGAAGGAAGAUAUGCCAUCAUUUGAGGAAGAACCAAUAUUAAUGAUAAAAAUAUUAGAAAACAUAUUCAGAACUUUUGACCCCACUUGGAUGGAUGUUGAGAAUUUAUUAGAAGCAUUUUUGACAAGGAGAAAGAAAAAUAAUAUUUCUCUGGCUAAUCAAAAACGAGGUAAAAAAGGACAUUAAUGGCCAACUGAAGAUCCACAUUGGAACCCCAAUGUUGAACUAGAUCACACAAAACUAAACCAGGCCAGAGAAGCAUUACUGACAGCCAUGAGAGUUUGCUCUGAUAGACGUGAAAAAUGGUCAAAAUGUAAGAACCCGAAAAGAUAUUGAUGAAACACCCUCCCAGUUUAUGGACAGACUUAUUGACGUAGGGAAUACAUAUAUGGACCUUGAUUUAUCCGGAGAAAGAGACAUUAGACAAAUACGUAGGCAAUUAGUCGACAAUUGUUGUUCAGUGGUAAAAGACUACUUUAAAACUAGCUGUCCUAAUUGGGACUCUAUGGACCUUGAAGAGUUGAGGAGAGUAGCAACCUAUGUUUAUAAAGGUCGUGUAAAAAGACCUGAGGAAGGCAAUACGUUAGUGGAAGAUUUAAAGAAAGAAAUUGAAAUGUUAAAGAGACAAUUGAAAAAUAAGGGAGAGACCCCAGCCCCUUUGCGGGAAUUCACAAAUAAAUGAGUAACCUGCCACUUCUGUGAGAAGAAGGGCCACAAAAUGAUGGAAUGUAGAACCUUCCUUAAGAUGAUUGGAAGGAAUACACAGUUUAAUAACAAUUUCAUGUAGCAUUCCAAGCAUAUUCACAUCGAUGAAGUUUAAAUGAUUGUAUGAUUACGGUGUCUUCAGACACAAGGUAAUACUCUGAUAAUUGUGAGUGGAAUCUUGACCCGGCCCCAUGGCAGUUGCCUAAGACAAACUCAUGAGCAUUUUGGCUCGGAGUCGAAAGCACGGGUUGAUUUGUACACACCCAUAAAGGUGUCACCUUCACCUCACCAUCCAAUCUGAAUUAUCUAUGCUGUGUAUUGUGAUUGCUACGUGCUUGCAAGUGCUACCCACUCACAGCCUGCAAUAAAAACAGAAAGCGGCCGCAUAAAUUUUCUCUUGGAUCUUCACUCUGCUCUAGGAACCUCUCUCUCUCUCGUAAACCUUCUCCUCUCCCGAGCCUCUAGCCCCUCUCAGCUUGCAUUCGCUCUCAUAUAUUGACUCUCAUAUUUUCCUUCCAAGGAGAAUAUCAUAGGGGUUUGCCUGCCCUAUUUAAGCACUGAUUUGUCGGUGUCUGUCAUUCUUCACCCUGGUUCUCAGAUUCCCUGCCUCUCCUCGGGUCCCUACCACAAAGAAAAACCCCUCCCUUGUGGGCCCUGCAGAUCUGGGACCCCACACAUGGCACCCCAGAAGUGGGAGUAAUAAUCCUUUCUUACAGGCAUUCGAGUGCGCACCACUCGAGGUAAGGAGUCAAAAAGACGGACCCUGCAGGUGGCAUCUGAGGGUAAGAACCGCCUUUUAUUUCAAAUUUCUUAUUGAAGAAAUAUUUUAGAACCUUGGGUCAUUCAGCCUCAUCAUAUUCCUGUUAUAUCAGAUUGUUAAUGUCACUGACUGAAAAGAAAGGUGUGAAGAUCUCUGCAGCUAAGAUAAAAGUGUUGAUUAAGCUAAUAAUGAAAGCAUAUCCCGAAUUUCCAGCAAAGAGAGUGCUGAAUGUGCAGGGAUGGGAUCUGAUUGGUGACAAAAUGGGGCAGUAUCAGAAAGAGGGACAGAAAAUAUCACAAAUCAUUUGGAACACAAAGCCAUUUCAGCAUUCUGAUGAUAAGGUAGAAAAAGCUUUACCAAUUCAAGAGGAUGUUACUUCCUCGAAGGCUUUUAGCUCUCUCCAGCCACCUUCAUCCUUUAAGGCUUCUUUUCUUAUGCAUCCUGCCCCCUCCCCCAUAGCACUCUGCUGGCCAAAGGAGCAUUAAGGAGGCUACAGAGAGCCCCUACAUAAAAGAAGCAGGAUUUCUAACUUGUGCCAUAGCAUGCAAAACUAGUGGAAGCCCUCAGCAUUAGAGAGCUGAUUAAGGCUAUUUAUCAGCAAAUUUUUUGCACCAGCUGAUUGGAAAUUAAAAAAAACAUUACCUGGGGUGAACAGCAGAUGGAUUCUAAUGAGAAUACUGCCUUAAAUGUGGAGGAUUGACUUCUCUCUCAGUCUUUUGCCCUUCCUUUCACUAACGAUACUAACAAUACACUUAACUCACUUCCUUUAACUGACUUAUCUAUCCUUGCUAUCUUUCCCCUGUCUGUUGCUGCAGAAACAGACAGAAAUAUUCAGUGUCAACCCCUGCCUCCACCCAUGCUUAAUGUAGUAUUAUGAUCACUUUAAAUUUAUAGAAAUAAGCAGGUAGAGAGGUUUCUCCUACAAAUCUUAGAGAUGAUUCGAAUAGUGCAGACUCCAAUUUAAUUCAGGCUAUGGCCAUUGAAAUCCUGACUUCUAGAGAAAUUCAAAGCAGAGUCAUUCACUACGUUAAUCAAGCUUCUAGCUAAAGAUAUGGCGCUAGAUAAGACUAAAACCGACAAGUCCUAUGGCCAAUCCAUUCUUUUCAACUAAAUAUAAGUUUAUUGCAAGAAAUUUCUUUACCUAAAAAUUGCUUAUUUCAAAAGUUGUGCAAGAAACAAGCCAAAAAUCAUAAAGGAAGAAACUCAUGUGCCAUAACUCUGUGUUGUCUAUCAAACGUUACCUGGCACAGGUAAAUUGGGAAAGCUUAAUAAGCAAUGCUUACACUUAGAGCAAACCUUUCAUCACAUUGGGCUAGCAGCUUAAGGUGAAAGAAUGCUUUGGGGAGAUAAUCCCUCACAAAAGGACUAUAAGAUCAUAUCAAAGCAUGAAAACUUUCUCAAGAACCUAAAGGAAGACCAGUUUAAGAAGGAGAGCACGUGUGUGCCUUACCUAGAAAGCAAACAGAGAUUUUGCGAAAUCAAAAGGCUUUUUUUAUCAGCAAACCUCUCUACUAUUUUAGCAUAUCUAAAAGGAACAAGCUUUUUGAAGCACGGCCAGAGAAUGCAGGAGGACUGUUGUUUAAAUGUAAAGGUAUAGACCUGAUGUGUCUUUGAAACAGAUCUUUGCUAAGAAAUGGUAUUACUAUGAAGCAAGAUUUAAAAAUGAAACUGUCUUAAUUUGGAUUGGACAUGGCAGAAUUAUAUAGGAAGGUCUAAUUGUAUUUCUUAAAAGGCAAAGCUAGAAAGUUAAGCAUCUUUCUCUGACUUUUGUCAUAUGCUACAGAAUAUUAAGACAAGAGAUAUUUUACCUGUAAUAAUAUUUUAAAAUGAAUUCUAGUAUAACUGUAGGUUAUAGUAUAGAGUAGUAGUCUCUCGGUAACCGAGGAUGACUAUUGUCUUUGUGUAUUUUUGUGCACAAAGACACUUGUGCAUGAAGAUUUAAGUGGGAAAGUCGAUGCACAGAGACAGUCCUACUCUCUCGGCAUUGGAAGUCUGGGUCCAGUGGUACGAAGGUUACACCUGGAGACUUCCUCAGCUGCAUUGGGUGUCCGUUUGUGCUCCCACAUGCACUAAGCACUCCACAGUGCCUUGCUGCAUCGCCAUCUCAGCCAUUGAAUCUUCUUGUUGGGUUCUUCCACCUGUUCUGCUGAAACAGUCUUCACAUGCUGGGUGAGCAAAGCCCUCGUGCACCAGGGGUCCACGACGACCCGAUGGCUACCCUCACAAGGUUUGGCCGGCCUGUCGAAGCCGUUGCCCAGGGUGUGGCCGCUGCCGCAUGCUAGCAGCUACUGGGAGCCACAAGUGAGAGCUGAGUGUCAGGUGAGGGUCAGAGGCUGGAGAGCUGCCCUAGGAGGGCACGACAAGCCCUCCAUACCAAAGAUACUACCCUCCUUGAGCACCCCAUACACCCCACUGUAGGUUAAAUACCAAGGUAUAAACACUAUUUUUUUCAAGGCUUUUAGAGGUAAAUCCACAUGGACUCUUGCGACCAUGUGACCAAAACUAUUUGGAGCUGGCAGUUUGAUAAAUUGAUCCUGCCACAUGGAGGGCAAUACUCCUACACCUCAGGUUACAAGUUUUUAUGACGAGUAUUGAAUAUUAUCAAAAGGAAAAUUAAUACUCAGUGCAAUUGGUUAAAUGACAAACAGGAAUUGGUAUAUGCUCUAGAGCAAUUUCUAAUAUCUUCAAAUUUUACAUAUGUAGCAAUCAUUAAAUUUUUAAACAGGACAUAAAGUCAGCAAGGGUAGAAAUUAGCAGACAUUAUUUAAAAACCUGAAUGAAGUUCAAAAACUGUACGUAAGGCACAUUAUUGCAACUUUAUCCAAAAAGUCAAUUAUCUAUAAUUAUUCAAUCUCAAAAUAAUAUAGCAUCGAUUCUAAAUAGGAGGCACAUUCUCCGCAUUGCCUGGCAGCAGAGUGAACACAGGGCUGGAAGGAUUCAAAUUGUUCAUCAGUAGUCAAUUAUUAAGGUGAUUAAUUAAUUUGUAAACCAGUAACAGUGACUUAUGUGUGGUUUUGAAUUGGCAACACUACCACUUACUCCAAUGGCAUAUGUUGAUCCUGAUCAUUGUAUCAGUCUAAAACCAAUGACUAAGAUACAAGCUCAAAUAUUACUUGCACAAUAUCUAUGUUGGCAAUGGAAUUUGGCAAAACUUGAGGUCCAAUUGAUAGUUCCAUUCACAUUAUCAAAAUCUUUUCAAUCAUGAGUUUAGAUAUGAUAGUUUAAAAAUAAUAACAUCAGAGCAAUUGCUUCAUAAUGCUGUGUGUUCUUUUACUGCCUAAGACAGUACUGCAAUAUUAAUGGCUGCACAGAACAAAUUCUUACAGAAAGCAAAAUGGCCUACAGAGAGGCAAAUACACAUUUGAUCACAGCACAAACGGGUCAAAUCAAAUGUGAUUUCUGGUACGAUGUUUUUAUGAUUCCUGGUUCAAAAGGCAAAUGGCCUGGAGGACACUGCUUUUAGCAGGCACAGAUCACUUGCACUCUGUGACGCAUCAGAGUGCCAAGUCCAGUAUUCCUCCAUAUUUUAUGCACAAAAGUGAAAUUGGCUACCAGUGCAAAAUCUUGUGAAUGUUAUCAUGUCACUCGUGCACCUCAAACAGGUGUCUGAACUGGACAUUGUGGACUGAGGGAGGCAUUACAACAUGCUCCUGUGGUAAACAAUUGGAAAACUGACAUGUGAUGGGAGAUAAUCCGUCUCCUGAUGUAUGGGAUUAAGCUCAAAAUGAUGAGGUAUGCAAAAUUAUUGGAGAUCUUUUAGAUAAUGGUGCAUAUUUAACUAUUCCAAAACCCUUUUGGAACAACAGUGCCUGUAACAGCAGUACAUGGCCUGAAAUAGGUAAACCGUGGCUUAAAUGCAAGCAAUUACAAAAAGGACUCAAAGGAAUUGAUAAGCCCCAAACUGCAAACACGAGAAGGAUUUAUUUUCAGCCACUUUCUAAUGUAAUAAGACCCAAUAAGGCUUUCAUUUGGGGUCGAGAUUUUCUGUUUAUCUUCUCAGAUACCAGAAGUCCAUGGAGGAAAACUGAAAGCAUCCAGCUGAAAGAAAGUCUGCCUAGAAAGGACAAGGCAGAUGUCUCUGGCACCGUCCACAACAUGGCACAGAGGCCAGACAACAGAAAAAGCAGCACAUGGGCUGCAAAGGCAAUAACAAUGCUUCCUACGCAGGUCUAAUGCAAUAUCCACACAAAUGUACUUCUAUGUAAGACAAUCUACCUAGAAAACUAUCAUUCAUUUGCUUACAAAUAUUCUAUUGUGCUAGUUAUGAGUGUUUGUUGUAAGAUCUAGGUUGAUCAUGUACCUGAACACUUCAAAUGGUAUUUGUAGUUAUGUUAAUAUAGUUCCUUUGUUUGUCUCGGGAGAUAGGUUCCUAGGUAUUUUAUUUUGUCUAAGGUGAUUUUGAAUGGGAUUUCUCUUUCUAGUUUUUGCUGCUGAGCUGUGGUGGAGAUAUAUAGAAAAGCUGAUGAUUUAUGUGGGUUUAUUUUGUAUCCUGCAACUUUGCUAAAGUUGUUGAUUAUUUCAAUUAGCUUUUUGGUUAAAUCUCUAGGAUUCUUUAAGUAGACCAUCAUGUCAUCCGCAAAGAGUGAAACUUGGUCUCCUCCUUGCCUAUUUUGAUGCCUUCAAUUUCUUUUUCUUCUCUAAUUGCUACUGCUAGUGUUUCUAGUAGAAUGUUAAAUAGUAGAGGUGAUAAUGGGCAUCCUUGUUUCACUCCUGAUCUUAUUGGGAAUGCAUCUUGUUUAUCCCCAUUGCAGAUGAUAUUAGCUGAUGGUUUUAGAUAUAUACUGUUUAUUAUUUUUAGGAAUGACCCUUCUAUUCCUAUGCUUUCUAGUGUUUUUAAUAGGAAUGGGUGUUGUAUUUUAUGAAAGGCUUUUUCUGCGACUAUUGAGAUAAUCAUGUGGUUCUUGUUGGUUUGCUUGUUGAUGUGGUCAAUUAUGUGGAUGGUUUUCCUAAUGUUGAACCAGCCCUGCAUCCUUGGUAUAAAUCCUACUUGAUCAUGGUGGAUGACCCUUCUGAUCACUUGCUGGAGUCUUUUUGCUAGUAUCUUAUUUAAGAUUUUUGCAUCUAUAUUCAUCAGGGAGAUUGGUCUAUAGUUUUCUUUCUCUGAUUUUGACCUGCCUGGUUUUGGAAUCAGUACCAUGUUUGUGUCAUAAAAGGAGUUUGGUAGAACUCCUUCUUUGCAUAUUAUGUCAAAUAGUUUGUAUAGUAUUGGGAUUAACUGUUCUCUGAAUGUUUGAUAGAAUUCACUGGUGAAUCCAUCAGGCCAAGGGGAAUUUUUUCUUAGGAAGUUCUUUGAUGGCCUGUUGGAUUUCAUUUUCUGAUAUGUGAUUAUUUAAGAAUUCUAUGUCCUCUUCUGUUAGUCUAGGCAGUUUGUAUUUUUGUAUAUAUUCAUCCAUAUCGCUUAAAUUGGUAUAUUUAUUGCCAUAUAAUUGGGCAAAGUAAUUUUUAAUGAUUGCCUUAAUUUCCUCUUCCUCAGAGGUGAUGCUCCCCCUUUUCAUCUUUGAUGCUGUUAAUUUGCUUUUCUUCCUUCCUUUUUUUAAUUAGAUUGACCAGUACUUUGUCUAUUUUGUUUGUUUUUUCAAAGUACCAGCUUCUUGUCUUAUUUAUUAAAUCAAUAGUUCUAUCACUUUCGAUUUUAAUAAUUUCUCCCUUAAUUUUUAGGAUUUCUAGUUUGGUUUUCUGCUGGGGGUUUUUAAUUUGGUCACUUUCGAGUUUUUUUUAUUUGUAUAUCCAAUUGAUUGAUCUCUGCUCUCCCUAGUUUGUUAAUAUAUGCACUCAGGGAUAUGAAUUUACCUCUGAUUACCGCUUUGGCUGCAUCCCUAAAGGUUUGAAAGGAUGUCUCGCCGUUGUCAUUUUCCUCGAUGAAAUUAUUAAUUGUUUCUAUGAUUUCUUCUCUAACUAAACAAUUUUGGAGUAUCAUAUUGUUUUGUUUCCAAUUAAUUUUUGAUUUGGUUUUCCAUGUACCAUUACUGAUCGUUAUUUUUAUUGCCUUGUGGUCUGAAAAGGCUGCAUUUAUUUUUUCUGCUUUUCUGCAUUUGUGUGCCAUGUUUCUGUGACCUAAUGUAUGGUCAAUCUUUGUGAAUGUGCCAUGUGGUGCUGAGAAGAAGGUGCAUUCUUUUUUAUCCCUAUUUAUUUUUCUCCAUAGGUCUAUUAAUUCUAAUUUUUCUAAGAUUUCGUUCACUUCUUUUACCUCUUUCUUAUUUUUUGAUUUGAUUUAUCUCAAUUUGAUAAUGGUUGGUUCAAGUCUCCCACUAAUAUGGUUUUAUUGUCUAUUUCUUCCUUCAAUUCUCCUAGUUUCUCCAUUAGAAAUUUGGGUGCUAUAUUAUUUGGUGCAUAUAUGUUGAUUAGUGAUAUUUCCUCAUUAUCUAAAGUCCCUUUUAACAAAAUAUAAUUACCUUCCCUAUUCCUUUUGAUCAGGUCUAUUUUUGCUUUGGCUUUAUCAGAUAUCAUGAUUGCCACUCCUGCCUUCUUUCUGUCAGUUGAGGCCCAGAAGGUCUUACUCCAUCCUUUAAUUCUGACCUUUUGGGUGUCUACCCGCUUGAUGUGUGUUUCUUGGAGACAACAUAUGGUAGGGUUGUGGAUUCUAAUCCAUUCUUCUAUUCGUCUAUGUUUUAUGGGUGAGUUCAUCCCAUUCACGUUCAAUGUUAUGACUGUCACUUGUGGACUCCCUGGCAUUUUGAUAUCCUUCCCUAAUUCUAACCUUUCUUCUCCAGCUGUACCUUUUAGUCCAGUGAUUUACUUUAAAUCAGUCCCACUUGUAUUUCCCUUUCUACCCCUCUCCCUUCUUAUUCCCUCCCUUAUUUUCCCCUGUAGUCUUUUUAAAAAUCCCCCCACCCUACCCUCUCCCUCUCUUGUACUCCUUCCCUCCCCACCAGUCUGUUUUUUACCCUUCUACUCCCCUAUAGGGCGCAAAUCUAUUCUCUUCCCCAAUGGAUUGGAUUUUUCUUCCCUCUUUGGGUCAGUUUCAAAGUACGUAAGAGUUGAGUAUUUCCUAUCUCCAACCUCUUUACCCUUCCAGUGAAUCGAUGUUCUCCCCCCUCCUGCCAUGAGUUUCUUUGUGACAUAUAAAUUUACCCCCAUUUGUUUCUUUUCCCAUUUCUUUUAGUCAUAACCUCUUUUCUUUUUUAGCUUUAGUCAUGUAUAUAUAUACAUACACAUGUAUAUGUAUUUAUGCAUGCAUAUAUCUAUAUACCUAUUUAUAUCUUGUCCUUUCAUCCUAUACAGUUUGUCACUGUUCCCUCUGAGUGUAGUUCUUCUAGCUGCUUAGGUGAUAACAAUAGUUUUUAAGAGUUGCCAAUGACCUCUUUUCUUAAAGGGAUACAUAUCAUUUUAACUUAUUGAGUCUCUUUAAAAAACCCUUUUGUUGUUGUUUUUCCCCUCUUUUUUAAUUACCUUUUGAUGAUUCUCUUGAGUUCUGUGGUUGGACUUUUGGAAUUUUCUGUUCAGGUGUGGUCUUUUAUUUAUGAAUGCUUGGAACUCUUCUGUUGUGUUAAAUGACCAUACUUUCCCCUGUAAGAAUAUAGUCAGUUUUGAUGGGUAUUUUAUUCUUGGCUGUAGGCCUAGUUCCCUUGCUUUCCUGAAUAUCAUAUUCCAUGCCUUUCGGUCCUUCAGUGUGGAUGCAGACAGAUCCUGUGUUAUCCUCACCAUGUUUCCAUAGUAUCUGAAUGGUUUCUUCUUGGCAGCUUGUAAUACCUGUUCUUUUAUCUGAUUAUUUUUGAAUUUGGCUAUAACAUUUCUUGGUGUUGUCAGUUGGAGAUUAAAUACAGGGGGUGAUCUGUGGAUUCUUUCAAUUUCCACUUUCCCCUCUUGUUCUAGGAUUUUGGGACAGUUUUCCUGGAUAAUUUCCUCUAGUAUUAUGUCCAGGCUUUUUCUUUUGUCGUGGUCUUCUGGUAGUCCAAUUAUUCUUAAAUUGUCUCUUCUUGAACAAUUUUCUAAAUUGUCUGUUUUGUGAAUGAGAUGCUUCACAUUUUCCUCAAUUUUUUCAUUCUUUUUGUUUUGUUUUAUAGUGUCCUGCUGCCUUGUGAGGUCACUUGAUUCUAGUUGUUUUAUUCUGGUUCUCAAAGAUUGGAUUUCAUCUUUGGCUUUUUGGUCGUCUUUUUCCUUCUGGUCUGUGUUUCUUUGAAGAUCGUCUUUCAUCCUCUUUAUCUCAUCUUUCAUCUCCUUUGCCUCAUCUUUCAUCUCCUUUGCCUCAUUUUCCAGCUGGAUGAUUUUGGCUUUCAGGACACUAUUUUCUCUUUUUUAGUUCAAAUGCCUCUGUUUCCAGAUGACUUAUCUUAAUUUUUAAGUUCUUUUCCCAAUUGUCUUCAGCCUCUCUUAGUUGUGUUUUGAGUUCUUCCACAGCCUGUAUCCAAUUUGCUGGGAUUUCUGGUUUAUCGUUUGCUGAUCUCUCCCCCUCUGUUCCAUUUGGUGAGUAGUAGCUGUCUAUUGUAGUUUCUUUCUUCUGUUUUUGUUGUUUGUUCAAAUUCACCCCUUCUUUCCUCCCCGUAUUUGUCUGUGCUCUUGUUCCUCUCAUUUUUUGGUUUUUUUAGGGACUUCUACCAGUCUACCCUCUUGGAGCUUUAACAGAGGAUUGAUUUCUUGGUGUAAUCUCUGAGGGAGGGUUGUUGGGGGUUUGAGCUUUCCUGUCCUCUGGAGGAUUUUGAUUGGCUUAAAGUCCAGCAGUCAGUGAGGAUGGAUGGGGAGCCUGGGCUUCCCUGUGUUCUGGAGACUUUUGAUGGGAUUGAGUUCAGCUUAGUUGGGCUGGGUUUACUAUGAGUUUUAAACUUCCUGGACAGCUGGAGCAGAUAUGGAGGAUCUCUAAAGCUCUGGCCAGGCUGCCAGGUCUAUGCUCCUUCUAGGCUGCCAUCUUGACUUUGCCUCUAGGUUUCUGUUUUUUCAGAAGACCCAGCUCUCUAAGGGGGGAGGGGUUGUGGCUUGCCUGGACUCUGAGGGCUCCUGAUGGGAUUAGGUUCAGCUGGUUCUUUCAGAAGACCCUGCUCUCUAAGGGGGGAGGGGUUGUGGCUUGCCUGGACUCUGAUGGCUCCUGAUGGGAUUAGGUUCAGGUGGUGUGGGCUGAAUGAUCCCCAAGCCAAAAAAAAGAAGAAAAAGAAAAGCAGCAACCUCCUCUUCCACAGUCUGUGUUGAGUGCCCAGAAACUGGCCCGGGUUACUUUCAAGGUAAGCUCUUCGGAGCAUCCCCUUUGCCAGCCCUGAGUUUUCUGUCCUUUCAGUAGCUCUGAGGGCUCCUGAUGGGAUUGGGUUCAACUGGUGCCCUAAAGCUGGGACCUCCCUUGAGACUCAGAUGGAAGAACCCAGCCAGGGGGCUACAGGCUUCCCCCUUCUCUCUAUGUUUCCCUGCCGUCUGUGUUGGGCACCCCGGAGACUGGCUCGGGUUGCUUUCAAGGUGAAUCCUCAGAGCCCUGAGGUUCCCACUGCUGCCUUGGGCUCAGCACUCUGGGUUGGGGGGGAUGGGUCCUGGGACCUUCUUUCUGUCUACCCCUUAGAUCCGAGUGUCUAGGGUUCUGGCUUUUGGAGUGUGGUACCUUUUGAUCCAGGUCCAGGAGGAGGUUUCCCCAGGUCUAUCCUGUUGUUCAGCUUGAAUUUCGGUGGCCUAGGAGCACUCUGUUUGCGAUCGGUAAGGAAGGGUUUCUGAGGUCUGAACUUUCGCUGCUUCUACACCGCCAUCUUGACCGGAAGUCUUAAAAGACGCUACUGUAGUUAAAUGUUAAUAUCAUUGUUGAUCAUUAGUCCUGGAACCCCAUCUUCUUGGGGAAUAUCUUUAUGGGAACUCUUUCUGGCUCUCUAAUACCAGUCCCAGAAUUCAGGCAGGCCACUGGAUUCGGGGUCUAUUAGCUUCCACUUCAAGUACUGGAGUGUAUGGGGUGCUCAGGGAGGCAUAUCUCUGGUAUGGAGGGCUUGUCAUGCCCUCAUAGGGCAGCUCUCCAGCCUCUGACCCUCACCUGACACCCAGCUCUCCCUUGUGGCUCCCAGUAGCUGCUAGCAUGUGGCAGCGGCCACACCUCGGACAACGGCUUCGACAGGCUGCCUAAACCUUGUGAGGGUAGCCAUCGGGUCAUCGACCCCUGGUGAACGAGGGCUUUGCUCACCCAGCAUGUGAAGACUGUUUCGGCGGAACAGGGGGAAGAAACCAACAAGAAGGUUUAAUGGCUGAGAGGGCGACGCAGCAAAGCACUGUGGAGUGCUCAGGGCAUGUUGGAGCCCAGAGGACAACACGGCCACCCAGUGCAGGAAGUCUCCAGGUGUAACGACUUUUCGUGCCACUGGACCCAGGCUUCCAACACCGAGAGAGUGGGACUGUCUCUGUGCACCGACUCUUCCACUUAAAUCUUCAUGCACAGGUGUCUUUGUGCACAAAAACACACAGACAAUCGUCAUCCUCGGUUACCGACAGACUACUACUAUAUCAAGUACUGGAAGACGUUCUGGUGUAUGAAAGUAAAGCCUCAGCAGUAAACUGAGUGCUCUAGGUUGGACAAUGUCUGUGGACUCGCAGUUGUUGACCCUCCUGGGUGGAAUAGGUUAUUGCACACAUACAUGGAGCAAGGGCAAAGUAUUCCCUCAGUUUCCCCUUUUGGAGUAUGUAUUGAAAAUAGGAAAAAAUGGGCACUAAUGAGCUUGUAGAAAAAGCACAUGGAAUAUUAUUCAUUGACAACUAGGAACAAUAAGUCACAUCAAACUCUAUAUGAGCAAGAAGCUGUAGAAAUUGCUUCUACAUCGAAAGCAAAUGAAGCUUCUGUUAAUCCAAACGUUGGUUUGGUGGAAUGAAUUUUGCAAACAUUGGCAAUGUUAUAGGUUUGGUUAUUAAUUUGUUCUCUUGUACAGAAGCAGAGAUUUCACUAAGGCCCAUAUAAGAAACACGCAGCCAGAAGGUGCAAGGUCACUUCACUAUCAUCAUCCUGGUUGUUUGAACAACAAAUUCGAAUGUAAUGUGUAUGGGAAUGUUGGUGUUUGUUAAAUAUUCACAAUAAAUGUUGUUUUCAUGUUUUUGCAAAGCUUUUAAUGCUGACAAAUUCCGCACAUAUACAAGGUAAAUUUUAGCUAACUUAGAUUAGGAAAUAGAAGUCAUUUCUGAAGGUAAACUCUGAUAGGACGUCUGGGCUCAGCUACAACUGUGCCACCUGAAAAGUGAGCCAUGAGUCUAACACUUGGUGUUAACUUUAGGAUCAUUUUCUCCGAUUAUUUCCCCAUGGAUUUGCUUUCAAAUACGGAAGGUACGUUGCAAGUACUAUCACUCCUGUCACCCUGCACUGAGGAAGAAACAUGAAUUUGGACUCUUAUUUUGACACACACCCCAAAGCUGGAGACUAUAGAAACAUGGCAGCAUUUGUUACAUUUCAGAGGACUGUCUACGAGAUCCUGGCUGAUUACAUAGGAAGGGAUGGCCAUGGAUACUUCUCACUUGGCCAGACAGCCCAAAGCCACAGACUAACGUAUAUGCCAUAUGAAAUGGAUAGCUAAGGUCGGAGGUGCAACGACGCAGUGUUUUGACACCCUCAUUCACAGGUCGGCCCGGGACCCAAGUUCCAUCCCUGUAUCUGUGUGGCAGGCGUGCUGCCUUACGUAUCCCCAAGACCAUACGUGAUCGGGUCACGGGAAACAAAGGAUUUCCCUCUUCUCAGGAUGUCCUCCUAGUCCUCCACUAUUGAAGGUCGGACUGCUUUUUAUAGGUCGGCUAUGCAUGGGUGAAACGACACCUUAAUCCACGUGCUACGAAGUAGGACGGGGACAUCACGUUCCUUCAGGCUCUGUAAAGCGUCAAGAUCAUUUCCUGAUCGAAAUCUUAUGAUUGCUGUUUGACCAAACUUUUUACCCUUCACUUUGGUGCGUUGCUACGAAGAUCAUUCUUCUCGUUGAGACAAUAUUAUUGCGGAGUUAAGGUCAUUUUCAUCAGGGGUCCUCCGUAAGAGCUACACGUUCUGCCAAUUUGAUUCAGAAUUCUUUUUUGAUUGGUUAUGCUCUCUAAUGUUUGAUUCUUUGAUGAAGUGUAUCAUUUCUUCCCCGUAAAAACAAGAAACAAAAAGGGGGAUACGUAGGAUUCCAGGAAGAACCUCUGGCCUGAGCCACAGAGAGCUCCGCUCUGGUCUGGCCAGACAGCAUUCCUAUGCAUGAUUCACGAGCAGACCACAUUCCGGGAGUUUGAACAGAGUGGCCUGAACUUACCGCGCCUCUGGCUUGGACGCCAUUCAUGUGUCAAGCCAAUGUAAGUCCUCCACAUGCAUUACCUGCCUCUGCCAUCAUCACCUCAAUAAAGAGAGGAAGGACUCGGCCCUCUUCCUCUGGUUCCUUCUCUCUCACCUGCCUGCUGGCCACAUGGAUCACUCCUGUGAUGGAGAUCCAGUGGGCCUCUAAAGAUCUUUCUUCAUUCUUUUCCUUCCUUCUCACCUCACUCCCGAUUCCCAAACCAGGCAUUCUGGGUCAUUUUUUAUCUCUCUUCAUUGUAUGCCCAGCAAAGGAAGAUAAAAGGGAAGCCGCGUCCUUCCAUAGCAAGAUAUGACCUGGUGUCCCUCCCUGUUCAUGAAACUCUCCCUCCGACUUCAUUCUCCUCCUCAAAAUCAUCCUCCUGCAGAUAUUCCCUUUCUGUGUAGUGGCUGCAAGACCAACUGCUACAGUAGGGCUAAGCCAGAGAGGGCUCUGGAGGGGCUGUGAGGACAAGCCCUUCCCCAGAGCCACGUCUUCCUGGCCUCCUCCUUACCUGUCACCAGCAGCUGCAGGGGGGGCACUGAGCUCCGACCAGUGGAGUCCCCAGGAGGAGAGGCAGCUGUAGCUCCCUGGAGCAGCUAACAAAGUUGGAAAGCAGACGUCAGCCUGCUCUCUGGAGGCGUUUAUCUGACGUGAGCAUCCUCCAUCCUUCCAAAGCUGAAAACUCCCACUUCUCCAUGGGCUCCGGCAACAGAAACGUACGUGUGCUUCCCUGGGCACCACAGAGCCGGGCUCAACCCAAAUGAAGGGUUUGGGGGUCCCUGGAAGGCAAUCAAAGACCCGAUUGGGGGCAGCUCCUCCCUCCAGUGUGCUGUUCUGGCCCCAAACCAAGUCCUCCAACCAGUCACCCUCCAGCCCACACAAGGUGCUCCCCUCCUCCCUUCCCCAUCCCACCCCCAGCUGUACCUGCCAUGGAGGUGCCCUUCUGUUCUGAGCUGGAAGAUGGGCAGGAGCUAAUUGAAGGGAGGGACGGAGCCCCUGCAGCAACAAUCUGAUCCAGACACAGCCCUGAAGGAGAGGCUGCAGUUAGAGAUUCCCUCAGCUCCCAGGUCCAAUUGUCCAUAGCCGCCUCUCAGGUCCUGCUGUCCAUAUGUAAUAGUUAAAAUAGUUGAGGUCACAAACUGUAAUGAUUAAAAUUGUGGAUGAGUAAGUUGUGACCGCAUAAAAUAUGUUUUCACUACCGUGUCUUGUUUUUAAUCAAAUAUAUAAGGUGGUCGCCAGGGAAAUAUUCCCAAUUAUUUAAAUAUACCCAAGUCAACUGGGUUUAUAGAGAUUUUAAUUAAUUAAUACAAUGAGGAAUUAAAGAAAGUGAGAGAGAAUAAGAAAGGAAUAAGUAUGAAGGGCCUUAAGCCAACAUGGCCUAGACCUGUGUCUUGAGAGAUCAGUCAGUCCUUAAUCACUCACAACAAGAUCUGUCCAAGUAAGAAUAUAGACUAGACACCAGUUCAGCCAGCCAUCCUUCUCCAGAGAGGGAUCCUUCUGACUGUCCUCAAGAGAUUGUGCUCAAGAGCAUCUCCCAAGAGACUCCUUAGAGACUGUUUUUUUCUUAGGAGACUGUCAUCUCCUUAUAUAGGGAAUUUUCUCCUCUGUCACCUCCCCUAAGUUCUUCCACCUACCAAUCACAGUAGAUGGUUUUCAAAGGACAGACCAUUCUUAGUUCACAGCUAAGAAGCUGUAAAUUUUUGAGUAAUUCAUACCAGGAAAGCUCUGAGUAAGUUUCUCACCUCUUUGCUCCUUGUAAGUUCACAAGUUGCCUGACCCUUAUAGGUACUUAGCACCCUUUUGUAUUAGAUCCAAAAAUAGGCAUAGCUUGAGAACUUUUUGUCUUACUCUAAGUAUGGGUUUAAGUGCUUUUCAUUGUUCAGCAAAGAGUUUACACCUUUAUCUCCCCCUAAGGCCUGCUUAAGGAUGGUGAAGUAGAGUUCUCACAUUCCUGAUCAAGUACCUUCACUGCCCAAAUGGGGAAUGGUCUUAACCCAACCUUAUGAAGUAGGGUCUGGGAAUGUUUAAGGUGCACACAUAGGUGCACCCCUCUGCCCCACUCUAACCAGCUGCCCCACUGAGGGUACAACACAGAAGAAGGGGCAGAUCCCGGGAAGCCUCUCCCAGCCUCACCUUCCAUGGUGCCCCUGUCCUUGCACCUUCUCCCGACCUUCUUCCCCCUCCAGCCCAGCCUGGGCCCAGGCACUCACCAAGCCACAACAGAGAGGCCACAGUGGGGGACAUGUUCAUCCUUUAGGCCUGAUCCAAGCUGCCACAAGGCUGAGGAGAAAGAAGGAGGCUGUGGAGUUGCCUCUCUGACUUUCUGUGACCAAAGCCACAGGAUGUAAUGACAACAGCUCGCCCACAACUCCAGGCCCAGGACCUGCCACAUGAAACCAGUCAGAAGGGCAACAGCUCAGGGUUGAGAAUCCUCUGGACACAUUCUCUUGGAGGGUCCCUCCUUCCUCUCCUCCUUCCUCAUCCUCACCUCUCACAGCCUUUCCCCCUUUCCUUCUUCCUCCCCCCCAGAAGCAUUUCUCCUCACCUUCUUCCUGGGCCUGCCUUGCCCUCCCCUUGUGACCCCCCCCCAGCUUUCUCAGGGAGUGAUGUUGAUGGAGAAAAGGCUCUGGGGGCAGAGCUGGGCAUCCAGGAAUCCACCUAGUUCCCACCCCUACCCUGACCCAGUGCUGGGGAAAGCAGAGCUGAACUCAGUGCUGAAGAGAACAGCUCCCUGACCCUGAAGCAUGAUGGGAAUGUGGCAGAUGGGCAGAGAAAGUCAAGUCCUACACUUGGUUGGAAAAGACAAGUUCCUGAAUAGAACACUGGGCAGGCGGGGGCAGGGGCAAUGUGGCUGGGCAUCAUCACUCCACCCUAAGAAAUUGUAGUGUUGGUGGUCUAUGAGGUCAGCUUGAGUUAUGGAGAGAGCCACAAGAGGGAGUGGAUCCAGCAUUAAAAAUAGAAUCUCUGUGGAGGGGCCCAGAAGGUCACGGGAGGCAGAUGUGGAAGAGCCAUGAAGGCAGAGAGAAUUCCAUCCAUGCAAGAGAAUAAAGCACGUCAGAUGUCAAUCAAGAAAGAACAUUUCAAAUAGAAUAUUUCCAGGAAAGUCAGUUGGAGCCUGGUCAGGAGGUGAACUGAGAGUCUGGCUUGGGUUUCUGACCAAGGGAGGGACUGGCUUUUCCUGACCUAGACAGAGAGAGACCUUUGUGACUUUUGACAACGUUUGGACUUGAAUUUCACAAGCAGAGAUGAGCUGACUGGUUAAAAGAAGAAAAGAAGAAAAAUACUUGUCCUCCAAAGUCUCUGACUGUCUUGUGUCACAGUUGUGACAGGACUGGCAUGUCCCAUAAUCCUCCUAUGCCUCCUUAUAGAUUAGUUAAAACCUUAUCCCUCUCACCUCAAUUUCCAUCCUUGUACUGUUUUCCCCAAUAAACCUCCUUGCCUGAGAAAGAGGGGAAUAGUAUCUUGUCUAAACCUCACAGUUCACCUUUGAAUUACUUAGAAGGGUGGCUAACUAAUGGGGGAGGGGAAAGGGAGUCAGGAGGGUGUGGGUGGAAAACUGGGAGGUGAAGGGUGGCUGGUAGGAAAUAUCUUGAUCUAUUAGCCAUCAGCAGUGAUCACUAGGCAACCCCAGAGUAUCCCCUCUAUAAGUUUUCUCUAGUAACUCCAGAAUAUCUCUCUAGUAGCUUCUCUCUAUCGCUCAGAAACACCUCUAUCUCCAUUACAAAUAGACACCUUCAGGUUCCCCUAGUAUCUCUCUAGCAAAGCCAGAGUAUAUCCAUUUAUUGUAAGCAGAAAUAGCUCCAACAGAUUAUCUAUUUAUUAUACAGACUAAGAAAUGAGCCAACAAAAAAGGCACCACUCUGGAUGUGCUCACACAAAUACAGGAACUACAGGCUGCCAUGGUUUGUUGGGGUCACUCUAGCCCUAGAAAACGCCCUGUAGGAGGAGGCCAUAGCCUGGCCCAGGCAUGGUGCCCAAUUUUGAGCAUCAUUAUUUGAUGUUGAUGAAAUUCCAAGAGGAAGUUCCCAGACUGUGAAGCAGGUGGGGAGACUCAGGGGUGCCCUUCUGAUCAGAGCUACAGCUGGGAAGCUGGUUGAUGCCUUAGGAAAGAUUUCACACCAGUGCUGUGCUCAUGUGGCACCUGAGUCACCCCCUUCAGCCCAGAUAAGGCACCAAUGAGGUUUCUCUUCUCUCCCCUCCUGCCUCCACCCCACCCCUGAAGUUUGCCACAUUUGAGGUAGUUUCUGGGUCUUGAAGGCCUUCUGUGGCACUUUGAGGGGAAGGACUCAGCCUCUGGAGCUGUGAUCUCCUGGCCAAGACACAGCCCUGACAGCCAUGCUCAGGUUAGAGGUCUGCUGGCUCCCCAUCUCUAGCCCUGUCUUUGUGCUCUACCCAAUCCAACUAACUCGCUGUGUCUCCAGUACAGAGGAGAGUACAGCUCCCAGAGCCCUGUUCUGUCCAGGCAGCCUCUCCUGGUUUCUAGGUCCCCUUAUGGCCCAGGUAGCCCCUGUUCAAGGCACUUCUCAGACUUUCCAUCCUCCCCUCCAGCCUAGGGCCCAGCACUCACCCAGGUACAGCAGAGAGGGAUUGUGGGAGUCAUGCUGGGCCCUCCAGCCUAACUCAGAUAGUUGGGCCACAGGAGGGAGGAGGAGAAGGCAGCAAAGUUGAGUUGAGACCACAGGAAAGGAUGACACCAUCACUGUCUCCACCCUGAAGCCUAGUGUCCCCUGAGCAUGGAGAAGUCGGGAACAUUCCUUUCACUCAUCUUCCUGGGAAUUUCUUGAUGCCCAAAGUAAGCCUCCCUCCUUCCUUCCUGUCAACCUCCUACUCCUAUCUGGGUUACCCGGUGACUGCUUGAUGGCUUAUUGUUCCAUCUGAGACAGGGCCCUGUUGGGGAUUUCUUUUUCUUUUUUUUAACCCCUGCCUUCCAUCUUGGAGUCAAUACUGUGUAUUGGUUCUAAGGCAGAAGAGUGGUAAGGGUUAGGCAAUGGGGGUUAAGUGAUUUGUCCAGGGUCAAACAGCUAGAAAUGUCUGAGGUUAGAUUUGAACCUUUGACCUCCUGUCUCUGGGCCUGACUCUUAAUCCAGUGAGCUACUCAUUGCCUCCUUGAUGGCGAUUUCCUUGUAGGCAAAGUCCCAAGGGACAAUUUCCUUAAACAAGGUUGUCAUGAGUGGCUCCUUUCCUUAGCAGAGGAGUUCCAGCAUGCAGAUAUGGCAUGUGCGCCCCUUCCCUCUCUCUGUGUGUCUGGGAUCAGUCUGGCUCUGAUCUUGUGGGAUCAGACAGCAAGGAAGGGGGUGGCUGGACCAAACUGUCCCCUCCAUCCAGGACUGUGGGUGUGAUGACUCCAAUGGAUAGUUCUUGGCAAUGGAUGGGAUCUGGAGGGCAGAGCCACGUUCCCACAGCUACAAGAGCUGUAUUUGUAAACCUUAAAAUUUCUUAGACUUAUAAAUGUUGGAAAUUUCAUCAUUGGGAAAUUUCAUACUUGAAAAAUUUCCUAUUGAUAGUGGGAACUCUAUUGGCAUGUGAACCCCAUUGGCAUGGGAGGUUCCUCCUCCUCCCUUCUUAAGAUUACUUUAGGACAGAAACCUUUUGCUGAACAAUGGAAAGAGCUUUGACCUAUGCUUAAGCAUAGAACAGGAAUUUCUUUGAGUCUAGCAUUGAUGCAAUAGAGAUACUUGGAAUGACAGAACCAGGUCUUGGAAAAUACAAUUUCCACCCCACUCAGUCCUAACAGGAUUUAGGAAGGGCUGCAGCAAAGGAUCAAGAUUUAAUUAUUUGAGAAUAUGACCUUUAACAGACAUGUGCAAAGCCACAGACCUCUGGGCAGUCCUGGGUUAAGCUAGAGCCACCAUUGGCACAGGGGAGACAUCAACAGUGAUUGGUAGAUGUGAGAACUGAGGGGAGGGAACUUGGAUGGUUUCCUUAAAGAUAGAGGGGUCUGAAGACUGAGGGUGGUUUGUUGGAGAGGUUUUGGCUCUGAGAGGUGGUGCUUUGAGGAGUUGACUCUGAAGGAAGCUGGAGGUGGAGGCCCCUGAGACUGUUUCUCCAUUUUGGUCACGUGAGUGAUAGGGACUGCUCUCUUUUCUUUGCCUCAGCUAUCUAAGGGCUUGGGCCUUUUGGCCCAGCCUAAACAGAAGGGGUAUUUAAGCCCUAUUGCCUUCUCUCCCCUUUCUCUCUCCCUCUCUCUCUCUAUCUCUAAUUCCUUUCUUCCUCCUGUUUGUAAUUAAACUCUAUAAAAGGUUGACUGCUGAUUUGAGUUUUCAUUUAGGAAUUACAUAGCUGAAUUCCUUGGCGACCUUAAAUUAAUAUAUAUCAGUCUUUUAAAGUGAUUUCCUUGUCACAUAUUGCAAUCCAAAUGCACUUUGGUGUGGAGGGGGCUUUCUUUUUCACAAUGUGGAUGCAGUAACUUUUGUCAGGAAACGCUCUGUUCCCAUUGGACUCCUCUCUCUUCAGACAUCACUGUGGAUCCACCCCAAGGUGGGUCUCUUAUCCUGGGGAUUACAUGAAGGUUGGGAUCCUGUGCUAUGUCUGUGGCCUGCACUGUGGAAGAUCAGGCAUUCAUGCCAAGUAUAGAAUAGAGACCUGCUAGUUUGGAUAAAUUGUGUCCAAAGGAAACAGAAAGAUGCAAAAGAACCAGGCUUUGGGGAAUUUUCCUGGGAAACAAGUCUAGAAUACAACCUGGAAAGAAAAAAAGAACCUGUCCACAUGUGACACAAAAAUCUGCUCACACCUAAAAGGAGAAAAAGAAAAUUCAAAAUAAAGUCUGCUUUCCAGAAAUGGAGGACAAAAUGGGGAAGGGAGGAAUUUGGGUAGGGGUGAGGGAUGUCCUGAUUAGAGCGGAGGGAUUGGAUUGGACCUCAGAAGGCUGACAGGGAAAGAUGGACCAGGGAAAGAUUCUCAUUGGGUAAAAGAGUUUUGGAGUUUGCAUAGUCGAAUGUGGUCCAUUUCGUUGUUAUGGAAGGAUGCAGAGUAUGACCAGCUGUGUGUAGGGAAGGCUGGGUGGAAGAGCACGUGGGGGGAAUGGAAUAGAUGAGGACCUGAGAGCUCAGGGUGUUUGGGGGAGUCUCCUGGCCCAUGGAUCUGCUCCUCUCCCAGUCCCUGUGUGCACUAGUGUCGGGGACAUCUACGGAGUCGCAAUAGGGGACAGUUUAGAACUGUCGGGGGACAGCUUAGAGCUGUCGGAAAACAGCUACAGAGUUGCAAGAAAGCAAGACCAGAACAUUAUCAAAGAGGGAUAAGAGGUCAUUCACCCAUUCUGAGUUUAUCUUGGUUUAGGGUGUGAGAUUAUUAUAAUUAUAAUGGUUGAGGUCUUAAACUGUAGUGAUUAAAAUAGUGGAAGAUAUAAAUUGUGAAAGAUAUAAGAGAGGGUGAGUAAAUUUGACAGCAGAAAAUAUGUUUCACUACAGUGUCUUGGUUUUAAAUCAAAUAUAAGGUGGUUGCCAGGUAAAUAUUCCCAAGUAUUCAAUAUGCCCAAGUCAACUGGGUUUUAUAGAGAAUUUAAUUAAUAAUACAAUGAGUAAUCAAAGAAAGAGAGAGAGAGAGAGAGAGAGAGAGAGAGAGAGAGAGAGAGAGAGAGAGAGAGAGAGAGAGAGAGAGAGAGAGGAAAUAAGUAUGAAGGGCCUUAAGCCAACAUGGCCUAGACCUGAGCCUUAAGAGAGAGAUCAGUCAGUUAGUCUUUUAUCACUCACCACAAGGUCUGUCUAAGCAAGGAUUCUAGGGACACCAGGCCAGCUCCAACUCAGCUGAUUUCACCAGAGAGAGAUCCAGCCAGAGACUGUUCCAAAGGGCCUCUCUCCAGAGCCUCCAGAGGGACAGAGUCCCCUCAGAGGAGCUCCAGCGAGACCUCCUUAGAGAUUGUCCUCUAAGAGCUUCCCUUCUCCAGAGCCUCUCUCAAGAGAUUCUUCCCAAGUAAUCUUCAUAAGAGCUUUCUCCAAAAGAAUUGUUUUCUCAAGAGCUUCUGCUCUUUUCUUAUAUAGGGGUUUUUCUCCUAUGUCACCUCCCCUAAGUCCUUGCAUCUACCAAUCACUGUAGACGUUUUCCAAAAGACUGCCCAUCUGAAUUCCUGCUAAGUCAACUAAUCUCCUCAGUAUGUCUGAACCAGUGAAAACAUAGCUGAGUCAACUAAUCUCAUUAAGAGAAAACUUGCCCGACCCUUUUAGGUACCUAGCAUCUCAUUGUAUCAAUUCUAAAAAACAGGCCUGGCUCAAAGAACUCCUUGCCUUAUUAUAAGCAUGGGUCCAAGUACUUUCAUUGUUUAGCAAGGAGUUUUCUCCCCUAAAGCAGUCUUAAGUAUGCGUGGAGUAGAGGCCCUCCCAUUUCUGAUCCUCGUGAGUUCUCACAUCAAAAUGGGGAAUGUUUCCCAAUAGGGAAUUUGUUCCAAUGGAGGAUUCCUCGAUGUGGAAACUUUUAACAUUCACAAGUCUGAGAAAUUUCAAGAUUUACAAGAUGUUGAUUCAAACCUAAUCUGUCCCAUACUGUCUCCCAAUUUUCCCAGCAAUUUUUAUGAAAAAGUGAGUUUUGGUCUCCAAAACUGGUAUCUUUGGGUUUAUCAUAGACUCUCCUGCUGAAGUCAUUUACCCCAAGCCUAUUCCAUUGAUCCUCCUUUCUGUCUCUUAGCCAGUACCAAAGUGUUUUGAUGACCACUCCUUUAUAGUAUAGUUUGAGAUCUGGGACUCCACGUCAUCCUUCCUUUGCAUUUUUUUUCUCAUGAUUUCCUUGUAUAUCCUUGAUCUUUUGUUCUUCCAAAUGAACUCAGUUAUGGUUUUUUCUAAUUCUGUAAAGAAGUUUUUUGGUAGUUCAAUGGGUAUGGCACUAAAUAAGUAAAUUCAUUUGGGUAGGAUGGUCAUUUUUCUUGUUAGCUCAUCCCACCCAUGCGCAAUCAAUGUUUUCCCAAUUGUUUAGAUUUAGUUUUAAUUGUGUGGAGACUGUUUUGUAGUUGUGUUCAUAUAGUUCCUGUGUUUGUCUCGGCAGAUAGAUUCCCAAGUAUUUUAUAUUGUGUAGGGUGAUUUUAAAUGGAAUUUCUUUUUCUAAUUCUUGCUGGUGAACUGGGUUGGAGAUAUGUAGAAAUGCUGAUACCUUAUGCAGGUUUAUUUUGUAUCCUGCAACUUUGCUAAAGUUGUUGAUUAUUUUGACUAGCAUUUUGGUUGAUUCUCUAGGAUUCUUUAAGUAGACCAUCAUAUCAUCCACUAAGAAUGACAGCUUGGUCUCCUCAUUGCCAAUUUUAAUACCUUCAAUUUCAUUUCCAUCUCUAAUUGCUACUGCUAGUGUUUCUAGUACUAUGUUAAACAAUAGGGGUGAUAAUGGGCAUCCUUUUUUCACUCCUGAUCUUAUUGGGAAGGCUUCUAGUUUAUCUCCAUUGCAGAUGAUGUUUGCUGAAGGUUUCAGAUAUAUACUGUUUAUUAUUUUUAGGAAAGGCCCGUCUAUUCCUAUACUUUCUAGUGUUUUCAAUAGGAAUGGGUAUUGUAUUUUAUCCAAGGCUUUUUCUGCAUCUAUUGAGAUAAUCAUGUGAUUUUUGUCAGUUUGCUUGUUAAUAUGGUCAAUUAUGCGGAUGGUUUUCCUGAUGUUGAACCAUCCUUGCAUUCCUCCUAUGAAUCCUACUGGUCAUAGUAAAUAACUCUUGUGGUGACUUGCUGGAGUCUUUUUGCUAGUAUCCUAUUUAAGAUUUUUGUAUCUAUAUUCAUUAGGGAGAUUGGUCUAUAGUUUUCUUUCUCUGUUUUUGACCUGCCUGGCUUUGGGAUCAGUACCAUGUUUGUGUCAUAAAAUGAAUUUGAUAGAACUCCUUUUUUGCUUAUUCUGUCAAAUAGUUUGUAUAAUAUUGGUAUUAGUUGUUCUUUGAAUGUUUGAUAGAAUUCAUUUGUGAAUCCAUCUGGACCUGGGGAUUUUUUCUUAGGGAGUUCUUUAAUGGCUUGUUCAAUUUCUUUUUCUGAUAUGGGCUCUUUAAGGUAAUUUAUUUCUUCCUCUGUUUGUCUAGUUUGUAAGUAUUCAUCCAUUUCACCUAGAUUGCCAUAAUUUUUGCCAUAUAAUCGGGCAUAAUAAUUUUUUAAUGAUUGCCUUAAUUUCCUCAUGAGUAGACGUGAGGUCUCCCUUUUUAUCUUGGAUACUGUCAAUGUGUUUUUCUUCUUUCCAUUUUUAAAUGAGAUUGACCAGUACUUUGUCUAUUUUAUUUGUUUUUUUUUUCAAAGUACCAGCUUCUAGUCUUGUUUAUUAAGUCAAUAGUUCUUUGAUUUUCAAUUUGAUUAAUUUCUCCUUUGAUUUUUACGAUCUCUAAUUUAGUCUUCAUCUGAGGAUUUUUAAUUUGUUCACUUUCUAGUUUUUUAAUUUGCAUGCUCAAUUCAUUGACCUCUGCCCUUCUUAAUUUAUUAAUAUAUGAACUCAAGGAUAUAAAUUUGCCCCUGAGUACUGCUUUGGCUUCAUGUCAUAGGUUUUGAAAGGAUGUCUCAUCAUUGUCAUUUUCUUCAAUGAAGUUAUUCGUUGUUUUUACGAUUUGUUCUUUUACUAACCUGUUUUGGAGAAUCAUCUUGUUUAAUUCCCAAUUAAUUCUUCGUUUACCUCUCCAUAUACCCUUAGUAAAUAUUACUUUCAUUGCAUUUUGAUCUGAGAUGUUUGCAUUUAUUAUUUCUGUCCUUUUGCACUCAUUUGCAAUGUUUUUAUGCCCUAAUACAUGGUCAAUUUUUGUGAAUGUACCAUGUGCUUCUGAAAAGAAGGUAUAUUCCUUUUUGUCCCUAUUUAUUUUUCUCCACAUGUCUACUAACUCUAAUUUUUCUAAGCUUUCAUUCACUUCUCUUACCUCUUUCUUAUUUAUUUUUUGGUUUGAUUUAUCUAUUUUGGAUAGAGGAAGAUUCAGGUCUCCCACUAGUAUAGUUUUUCUGUCUAUUUCAUCCUUGAACUCCUCUAGUUUCUCCUUUAGAAAUUUGGAUGCUAUGCCAUUUGGUGCAUACAUGUGGAGUACAGAUAUUUCCUCAUUGUUUAUAUUGGCUUUUAUCAGGAUGUAAUUACCUUCUCUAUCUCUUUUAACUAGAUUUACUGUUACUUAGCCUUUGUCAGAUAUCAUGAUUGCACCUCCUGCCUUCUUUUUAUCAGUUGAAGCCCAAUAGAUUUGGCUCCAUCCUCUUACUUUCACCCUAUGCGUAUCUAUCUUCCUCAUGUGUGUUUCUUGUAAACAGCAUAUGAUAGGGUUUUGGAUUCUAAUCUACUCUGCUAUUCGCUUGUGUUUUAUGGGUGAGUUCAGUCCAUUCACAUUCAGAGUUAUGAUUGCUAAGUGUGUAUUUCCCAGCAUUUUGAGUUCUAUUCCUGGUCCUGUCUUUUCUUCCUUCACUAUUUCCUUCCAUACCAAUGUUUGUUUAUAAUCAGUCCCCCUAGUUCCCACCCUUAUUUUACUUCCCCUUCUACCCUCUUCCCUUCUUAUUCCACCCCUUAUUUUCCCUGUAGUCUUCUAAAAUUGCUCCCCCACCCUCUCCCUCCCUUGUACUGCUUCCCUACCCACCAGUCCAUUUUUUUUACCCUUCUACUCCUCUAUAGGGCUCAAAUCUAUUCUCUUCCCCAAUGGAUUGGAUGAUUCUUCCCUCUUUGGGUCAGUUUCAAAGCACAUAAGAGUUGAGUAUUUCCUAUCUUCAACCUCGUUACACUUCCAGUAUAUUAAUGUUCUCCUCCCUUCCACCAUGAGCUUCUUUGUGACAUAUAAAUUUACCCCCAUUUGUUUCUUUUACCAUUUCUUUUAGUAUUAACCUCUUUUUAAAGCUCUAGUUGUAUAUAUAUGUAUAUAUAUAUAUACACACACACACAUGUAUAUGUAUUUUGUAUGCAUGUAUCUAUAUACCUAUUUAUGUCUUGUCCUUUCAUCCUAUACAGUUUGUCACUGUUCCCUCUAAGUGUAAUUCUUCUAGCUGCCCAGAUGAUAGCAACAGUUUUUAAGAGUUACCAAUGACCUCUUUUCUUAUAGGGAUACAUAUUAUUUUAACUUAUUGAGUCUCUCAAAAAAGUUUUUUUGUUCUUGUUUUGUUUUGUUUUUCUUUUCCCCCUCUUUUUAAAUUACCUUUUGAUGAUUCUCUUGAUUUCUGUGCUUGGACAUCAAAUUUUCUGUUCAGGUCUGGUUUUUUCUUUAUGAAUGCUUGGAGUUCUUUAAUUGUGUUGAAUGACCACACUUUCCCCUGUAAGAAUAUAGUCAGUUUCACUGGGUAGUUGAUUCUUGGUUGUAGACCUAGUUCCCUUGCUUUCCAGAAUAUCAUAUUCCAUGCCUUUCUUUCCUUCAGUGUGGAUGCAGCCAGAUCCUGCUUUAUCCUCACUGUGGUUCCGUGGUAUCUGAAUGACUUCUUCUUGGCAGCUUGUAAUAUCUUUACUUUGGUCUGAUCAUUUUUGAAUUUGGCUAUAACAUUCCUGGUGUUAUCAGUUGGGAAUUAAAUACAGGAGGUGAUCUGUGGAUUCUUUCAAUCUCCAGUUUUCCCUCUUGUUCUAGGAUAUUGGGGCAGUUUUCCUGAAUAAUUUCCUGUAGUAUCAUGUCCAGGCUUUUUCUUUUGUCAUGGUAGACCAAUGAUUCUUAAAGUGUCUCUUCUUGAAAGAUUUUCUAAAUCAUCUGUUUUGUGAAUGAGAUGCUUCAUAUUUUGCUCAAUUUUUUCAUUCUUUUUGUUUUGUUUUAUAGUGUCCUGCUGCCUUGUGAGGUCACUUAAUUCCAGUUGUUGUAUUCUGGUUUUUAAAGACUGAAUUUCAUCUCUGGCUUUUUGGUCAUCCUUUUCCUUCUGGUCUGAUUUUCUUUGAAGGUCAUCUUUCAUCCUCUUUACCUCAUCUUUCAUCUCCUUUGUCUCAUCUUUCAUCUUCUUUGCUUCAUCUUUCUCUCCUUUGCCUCACUUUCCAACUGGUUGAUUUUGGCUUUCAAGACAUUAUUUUCUCAUUUUAUUUCAAGUGCCGCUGUUUCCAGAUGACUAAUCUUAAUUUUUAAGUUCUUUUCCCAAUUGUCUUCAGCCUCUCUUAAUUGUGUUUUGAGUUCUUCCACAGCCUGUAUCCAAUUCGCUGGAAUUUCUGGUUUAUUGUUUGCUGAUCUCUCCCCCUCUGUUCCAUUUGGUUGCCAUCUUGACCACUGGGUGUGUUUCAAAGUGUCUCCUCUUACCUUCCACCUCCAGUUCCACGGUUUGACUGGGCUCUGUUGUUGGCUCUCUCACUGAUUCUUCCUCUGGAUGUGGAGAGCAUCUUUUUCAGAAAUCCCUCAGAAUUGACUUGGGUCAGUGCAUUGCUACUUCUGAUAAAGGACGAAAAGCUUUGCAAUUUGCAAAACUGUGCAAAAACUGAAAAAUGCAAACCUAGGCAUGAUUGUGGCAUUUGUCCAAGGGUCACAUGGGAGCCUGAGCUUCAGGAUCUGGGCAGAUUCCAUUUGGCCCAAGUGACUUUCUUCUGGUCUCCCGAGGAAGUUGAGAGGAAGGCAUGAAGAGGAUUUCCUUGUGUCCGAACUGAGGAAGGAGUUCCUGCAUCAAGCUGCUGGCAGUAUCAGUCUUACUUGGACAUCAGGACUUGCUUGGACAUCGAACAACAACAGAUCCUGGCUCGAACUGUUUUUGGACCCUCCCUGGCUGUGAGAUUUGGGUAUUUGGUUAAGUUUUUAGUUUAGCAACCUAGUUAGAAUAGUUUAGUUAGUUUUAAAUAAGAAUAAGCGUAAGCAAAUCCCUAAAUCCUUAUUAAUCCUUUCCCUUCCAAAACAAUAAACUCGAUUUUUAUAUGUUUUUUUCCUCUUGUGUUUUCCUUACCCCAAAUCCUACCAUAACACACUAGCAGCUAAGUAGAUUACAUUUGAUCACCCCACAAUGUAUCACUUUCUGUGUACAAUGUUCUCCUGGCUCUGCUUACUUCACUCUGUAUCAGUUCAUGGAGGUCAUUCCAGUUCACAUAGAAAUCCUCCAGUUCAUCAUUCCUUAUAGCACAAUAGCAUUCAUUCCAUCACCAUCAGAUAGCUCAAUUUGUUCACCCAUUCUCUAAUCGAUGGACACCCUAUUAUUUUCCAUUUUUUGCCACCAUAAAAAUCACAGCUAUAAAUAUUUUUGCACAAACAGAACUUUUUCCAUUCAAUAUACAUCUCUUUGGGAUACAAACUCAGUAGUGGUAUUGCUGGAUCAAAGGGCAUACAUUCUUCUUAAAACCCUUUGGGUCUACUCUCUUUUGAUUGGAUCCUAUUUAUCCUAUCUAGAUCUUGUUUGCCAAUUAAUUGUUGGCUUGCUAUCUUCUCUCAUUAGACUGUAGCUCAAAAAAGAUCCCUUGUGCUCUGAAAGAAUGAGAGCCAUGGGAUCAGCUCAUCUCUGGGCUCCUUUCAGUUCCAGAUUCUGAAAUGGUAGUCAAUGGAAGCUGAACCUGCUGCCUCAGAGGUUGCCUUGGCCUGCCUCGUCCCCAUCAGUGGAGGUCUUUGUCAGAGGCACAGAGACCACUCAUGUAGUCUGUGGUAGAAAUGAGUAUUUGGGGGCUGUGACCAGAACAAGAUGGCCAUUGAGGUCUUUUUUAACUCUGAGAUUCUAUGUCUUUAUUCUAUGUGUCCGUUUACCUCUCUGCAAAGACUGGUAUGCUAUAAUCAUCAGCUCAUAUGCCCCAACACUGACCAGCACAGAGGAGACCAUCGAGCAGUUCUACUCUGACCUGAGUGCCGUCCUGCACUCAGUGCCCACAAAUGACAAGCUGAUACUACUGGGAGACUUCAACGCCCUCGUUGGCCAGGACCAUGAAAGAUGGAAAGGAGUGCUCGGCAAACACGGUGUGGGCAAAAUGAACAACAACAGCCUACUGCUACUCAGCAAAUGCGCAGAGUUCGAACUCACUAUCAUGAACAAUGUGUUCAGAAUGGCGAACAAAUAUAAAAGAACGUGUAUGCACCCACGAUCAAAACAGUGGCAUCUCAUUGACUACAUCAUUGUAAGCCGGCAAGACAUCCAGGAUGUACUGAUCACCAGAGCCAUGAGAGGAGCCGAAUGCUGGACAGACCACCGAUUGGUUAGAGCAACUCUACAAAUGCGCAUGGCACCUCACCAUCCAAAACGCGCCCAGACAGUUUGCACAUUUUACAGCGUGAGUCGUCUUAGAGAUCCAUCUUAUUUGCAAACAUUCCAGUCCUGCCUGGACAACAAGCUGUCUGCCAAGGGACCACUCACUAGAAGCUCAACCGAGAAAUGGAACCAGUUCAGAGACACAGUGAAGGAAACAUCAAAGGCAGUCCUAGGCCCCAAACAACACAACCCCCAGGACUGGUUCGAUGAGAACAACACUGCUAUUGAAGACUUGUUGAGCAAAAAGAACAAAGCCUUUAUGGAGUGGCAAAAUAACCCAAACUCUGCUCCUAAAAAGGACAGAUUCAAGUCUCUCCAAGCCACGGCGCAGUAUAAGAUCAGGAAGAUGCAAGACCAAUGGUGGGGAAAAAAGGCAGAAGAAAUCCAGCGCUUUGCUGAUACGAAAAACUACAAACAACUUUUCAAUGCCCUCAAGACUGUCUAUGGGCCAUUAAAACCCACCACCACUCCCUUGCUAUCCUCUGACGGUGACACUCUCAUAAAAGAUAAAAAAGGCAUCAGCAACAUGUGGAAAGAACACUUCAGUCAGCUUCUCAACCGACCCUCUUCAGUCGACCAAAGAGCCCUUGACCAGGUCCCCCAAAACCACACCAUUGAAGAACUUGACAUUCCUCCUUCAAUAGAGGAAGUCUAUAUGAUUAAUGGGAAUAAAGCCAUUUGUAGGUUGUAGCCCUUGACCUGCUGAGAGGAUCAUUGUGCUUUUGGUCAGCUUUCACUCUCCAUCAGAAUUGCUUGGGAAAUGAACAACAAAACAUCUUCAUAUCUAGGUGUGAGGACUUAAAGUGGACCAGUUUGGUGGUUUUCCUGGAUUUACAAGUUCUGUUUUUCUUGUGUUACUUUGAGAUGCCUAGUGACGCUGUUCUAGUGUGGUAACUGUGGGACAAGAUUCAUUAUGUUGUAGGAAUUUGGAGCGUAUCUUGUGCUUGAGAAAGGAGAGGUCAAGGGCAGUAGUCUUUGGGCUUUUAUUCUGUAAUUGCAAUCUUUUGGGGGUAAUAACUUAGGGGGUUUAAAAGUAGGGUAUAUAUUUGUUGAUCCUAUAAGUAUUUGCUCUCAUGUAAUUUCUCCUGUAUUGGGGAGAGAAUAAUAAUCAUAAGAAGUCCACUAGUGGGGAAAAAUUGGGGAAAGAAGUCACAAAGGGGGGUGAGCAGGGUGCCCUUAUUCUGGGGUCUGCUUUGCUGACCUGCCUUACUCGGACUUUUGGUCAGGGUGCACUGUGCUUUACAAUUCAGUGCUCAGAGUGGACAAUUAUUCCAUUUUAAAGGUUCAGGGCAGCAUUCCCUGCCUCCAUGAAGUUUAAAAAGUUUCCUUCUAAAUCACUCCCAAAUCAAAAGAAAUCCCUCUUGUGUUCCCACCCCAGUCCUCCCUUUCUUUCACAGAGACUUGUCCGUUUUAACCCUGGGUGAAAAAGAGAUUCCAGGUGGGAGCCUUGAAUUUCCACCCCUGACCUGUGGACCUCAUGAGAUUCCAAAGGCUGGGCAAUGUGCCCCUAGAGUGGUCGCUGGAGUUCUUCCAGUCCUAACUAAAGCCCUGCCUUCCAGUGGAGCAGCCUCUUCUCUUCCCCUUCACGCGUGUAUCUACCUUCUCUCGGUAAUAGAUGAUCUCCCAAUGAUUCUUCCCUUAGUUUGUUUGUCUGUUGUUUUUCUCUUCAUGCUGCCUCUUUCAUUAGACUGAGCUCCUUGAGAAUGGAGACUGCCUUUUGUCUAACUUUGUAUCCCCAGGGUGUAACCUAGUGCCUGGCACAUAGUAGGUGCUUAGCAAAUGACUACUGAGUGACAAGUGCAUGUCCCAUUGUAGCUCAACAAUGUAUAAUCAUUGGUUGAGGGAAUGUAGCAGCACGUGGGGACUGACCAUGCCCACAAACUGGGAACUGGAAUCGUUUUUCUGGACUUUAGUGGUUUUGUUAAGAAUGAAGCUCCUUUUGGUAAGCCACUCCUUAUGGCAAGAGGGCCUUGGGGCAUUCCCAGGUAUUGUAACAUGGAGUCACCUUGCCUUCCCAUGUACCUUACCGUAUCAGCUGGAGUCACCUCCUUCAAUUGGCUUUGGGGCUGGAACUGGCUGAGUCCUGAGCUGGACAUUUGCUCACUUUCCUGUUCUAUCCAGAGAGGCAAGAUCAGUGUUCAUCCACAAUUCUGGUCAAUUGUUCAAUCUGAACCAACAGGGGGAAACUUGCCCAUUUCUCUCUCUUACCCGGAUCUGAGGCAUGGACUUGGAGGAACAGUUUGUUUCUGUUCUGUGUCAUUUGGCCUCCGUUUUAGCUGAUUGCCCCACCCCCCACUGGACUGGAAGUUUGAGCCAUGGUAAUCUUGGAGGCAGGAUUACAGGCAGGAUGCUUCAGCCAAGCUGUGCAUCAGGCAAUCCUAGAGAAGAUAAAGGAUUUGAGGACCAAACUCCAAGAGAGCCAAACAAUAGACUGAAUCUCUUUUCUCUGUCCAGAGAAUGAGAUGGGAUGGAGAGGGAAGGAGGAGAAUGAUGCCUUCCAUGUGCUGGGCAAGGAAGUCUGAAAUUUGGGAGUUACUAAAGCUAAUCUGACCAUUUGUGGCUAAAUGCAACUUGGGUGCAGGUUCCCAACCCUUGCACUUGCGGGCACAUCACCAGGGGGAGGAUUGGAGCCAAUGACCAGAUGCCAGACACCCUCCCAACCCCCUUACGGGGGAGAGGUGAGAUGCAAUAUGCAUGGCCUUCAAGCAGUGGCGGUCAGGGACUCAGCAUUAUCAUCAAGUCCUCCCAUUCAUGCAUAUAUGAUUGAAAAGACUUUGAAGCUGAGAGGCAAGAAUUACACUAGCAAAACUCUUUAGGGAGAACUGAACGGACAGAUAGAAAAAGACCUGGUGAGCGAUUUUGUACAUGCACCAGUAUUGAUUCGUCCAUACAGAUCCAAGCAAAGAUGCCAGUGGGAAGUUUUGAGAGCUCCCCUGUACCAAGAAAGUGAUGGCCACCAGAGACCAGUGUAAUUUGAUCCCAGACUUCCUGGACUCUUUCCAACCAUCUUCACACCAUAUUGUUGAGGUUAUAUAUAUGCCUUAGAAUUCUCCUUAAAAAUAGAUUUUAAUCCUGUCAUAUUCACUUUUAUAUCCUUCUAUGUUCCUCUUCUUCCCUGAGAGCCAUCCCUUAUAACAUUUGUGUAGAGGGAAUUUCAUCCUCUACCCCUCCUGGAUUGCCACCAGUUCACCAACAUUUUUCACAUGCCAGCUCUGCAUCUGUGAAUGUAAAUGAAAGAGGGUGGGUGGAGCCCCCCUGGGUCUUUUAGCACUGACUACUCCCUUAAGCAGGCAAGUGAGGGAUGGAUGGAGAGUCCUAAAAGAUGGGCUACAUGUGGUCAAAGUUAGAGUAGGGAAAAGACUUUAAAUCUAUGCUUAUCAACCUUUUCUAUCUCACGUGAUUAUUAAUAAACUUUAUGGAAGAUAAGAACUUGUAGAUAUUAAAUUUAAAUAUAACACAUUGAAUUUUAUUUCAAAGUAAAAGAGAAAGAAGAGGAGGAAACACAUUCCCCCAAACUGAUUAACACAGGUAUGUGCAUGUGUACACACAGACACACACCCAAUAUGGAUCCUGGUCUUUGUCUAGGGGUUGGGUAUUGGGGAAGUUAGUCUUCUCAAGUCUUUCCUUUGGGACCAAGUUUGUUCUUCAGUAUUUCUCAGCAUCCAGUUUCAAUUGUUGGUGAUUCUUUUAUUUAUAUUUACAGCACAAUGUUAGCAUGAAAAAUCUGAAUACUCUUAUGGUGCAUUUGGGACCUUUUUCUUUUCAUGAGUGCCCUACUUGGUGUAGGUACCAAACUAUGGAAUCUCUGAAUUAAAGGGUAUGAACGUUUUAAUCACUUUAUUUGUAUAAUUUCAAAAGACUCUCCAGAAUGAAUCAAAUGAGAUCACAUUUUAAAAGCAUUUAGGGUAUUUAUUUCCUGGCACAUUGAAGGCAUUUAAAACUUGGAACUAGUAGAGGGACUGGAUUUGAAGAAUAGUCACAAAUGUGUCAAUGUCCACUGAAUUGGUAAUAUACUCAUGAUGACAGCUUCAUUCAAAAUGCUAAAAAAUUAAGCAAAUAGAAUAGAAUAAAAAUUCAAAAGUAAUAAAAUAGAAUUUCAUACAGAUCAGUCUAAUGCCUCAAAAUAUCAAAGG